CGCCAUAAUUAUUUUCGGAUGGUUGCUGAAAGCAGGGAAGCUAUACACAGGAUUUUUGCCUUUUUGUCACGAUCCCUUUGAACGGGUAUUUAAUUGCUUUUCACAGUCAGGAUAGCAGUCAGCGACUCGGAAUUUGCCAUUUUUGCAAACGCGUAGGCGGGCGAGUGUUUGUUCUUGCAGUAUCAGGCGUCUGAUCCUGCGCGUGUGAAGCCCUACAUUCUGCACUCAUUCGUUCGUUAGGAUUUCCUGAAGCAGAGAGGCGGGCUUGACGACUGAAAAUGAGGGCUUACAAGCCAGAGCUCCUUAUGCGGCUAGCCUGCCCACGCAAUAUGAAACCGCUCUGGCUGCAAUAAGGCUGCUCCCAAUAGGACUGCAGCCGAAUGUUUUCUGUAAGAACAGUCGCUGGCAAGCUGGGGUGGCAAAAGCCGGCCUCCGCUCUCACAUCCACCCGCGAACGGCUGCAGGGAACUUUGGUCGGUCCCUUGGGCGGGAGUCCGGCUCCCUCCAUCAAUCAAUCAAUAGCCGGAGGUGCGGCCCACAGCCGCCUCCGCCUUUGUCUCCAGCCCGAUCGCGGCAGCCGGUUCUGAGGCUUCAGCGGCGCAUCAGGAAGCAACAAGAUGUCGUCUGGCAUCGUGCCCCCCAAGAGUGGCUCCCCACUGAGGAAGCGCGCCAGUCUUCAGGCUCCCAUCACUGGAGAGAUCCAGGGAGGACCACGGUCCCGUCAGCUGCAACCUGCACGUUCCCUUCCAGGACCUCCCCACUGCCUGAAACAUUUUCCUGUUGACCUGCGUACCUCCAUGGAUGGAAAGUACAAGGAGAUUGCUGAGGAGCUGUUCUGCCGCUCGUUGGCUGACAGUGAGAUGCGCAGUGCCCCCUAUGAAUUCCCCGAAGAUAGCCCCAUUGAGCAACUGGAGGAGAGACGCCAGCGACUGGAGCGGCAAAUUAGUCAGGAUGUGAAACUAGAACCCGACAUUUUACUCAGAGCCAAACAGGACUUCCUGAAAAUUGACAGUGCUGCUGACUUACAAUUAUUUAAGGAACAGGGUGAGGACCUGGUGGACCAUCUGCCUAAAGAUCGAGAUGUGCUUCUAGAGAGGGAGUUUCAGAGGGUCACCAUCUCUGGUGAAGAGACAUGUGGGGUACCUUUUACAGAUUUACUGGAUGCAGCUAAGAGUGUGGUGAAGGCGUUGUUCAUUCGGGAAAAGUACAUGGGGUUUUCACUGCAAAGCUUCUGCAAGACAACUGACCGCUUCCUACAAAACCUUUCAGAAAAACCUUUGGCCCCAAGGAUGUAUGAGGAGAUGCCUGAGACCCCCGUGGCUGCAGAUGCUCCAGUGCAUCCACCAUUUGCAGACCAGCAUCCGUAUGAGAAGUGUGAUCCCGAAUCUAUGCCUGGAGACCUUGGCUUUGGCCUGAAGAUGGUUAAUGGAGUAGUUCAUGUGUACACUAAGCAGGACAUCACUGACAAAACCACAGAACUGGACUUACCUUAUCCAGACUUGCAGGAGUUCGUUGCUGAUAUGAAUGUCCUAAUGGCCCUGAUCAUCAACGGUCCUAUAAAAUCCUUCUGCUACCGACGGCUGCAAUACCUGAGCUCAAAAUUCCAGAUGCAUGUCCUGCUCAAUGAGAUGAAAGAGCUGGCAGCCCAAAAGAAAGUGCCACAUCGUGACUUCUACAAUAUCCGUAAGUCUCUCGUGCAGGUAGACACACACAUCCAUGCGUCAUCCUGCAUGAACCAGAAGCAUCUGUUGCGUUUCAUCAAGCGGGCUAUGAAGAAGCACUUGGAAGAAAUCGUCCAUGUGGAGAAGGGCAAGGAACAAACUCUAAAAGAGGUCUUUGAGACCAUGAAUCUCACAGCCUACGACCUCAGCGUGGACACUCUUGAUGUCCAUGCGGACCGUAACACCUUCCAUCGAUUUGACAAGUUCAACGCCAAAUACAACCCCAUUGGAGAGUCUGUCCUCCGUGAGAUAUUCAUCAAGACAGACAAUCGAGUCUCAGGGAAAUACUUUGCUCAUAUCAUCAAGGAGGUGAUGUCCGACCUUGAGGAGAGCAAAUAUCAGAAUGCAGAACUGCGCCUCUCCAUCUAUGGUCGUUCACGGGAUGAGUGGGACAAGUUGGCCAAGUGGGCUGUGCGCCAUAAAGUGCAUUCCAACAAUGUGCGCUGGUUGGUGCAGGUGCCUCGUCUGUUUGACGUGUACAAGACCAAGAAGCAGUUGGCAAACUUCCAAGCGAUGCUGGAGAACAUUUUCUUGCCCCUCUUUGAAGCUACUAUCCAUCCUGCCAGCCACCCAGAGUUGCAUCUCUUCUUGGAGCACGUGGAUGGCUUUGACAGUGUGGAUGAUGAAUCGAAGCCAGAGCACCACAUCUUUAACCUGGACAGCCCCUUGCCUGGGAACUGGACAGAAGAGGACAACCCACCUUACUCCUAUUACCUUUAUUACACAUACGCCAACAUGGUAGUACUCAACCAUUUGCGCAGGAAGAGAGGCUUCCAUACUUUUGUGUUGCGACCCCAUUGUGGGGAGGCAGGACCCAUCCAUCAUCUGGUGUCGGCUUUCAUGUUGUCAGAGAACAUAUCGCAUGGCCUGCUGCUCCGCAAGGCACCUGUGCUGCAAUACCUUUACUAUCUGGCCCAGAUUGGCAUUGCCAUGUCUCCUCUUAGUAAUAACAGCCUGUUCUUGAGCUACCACCGUAAUCCGCUUCCAGAGUACCUCUCGCGGGGCCUUAUGGUCUCCCUGUCCACAGAUGACCCUCUGCAGUUCCAUUUCACCAAGGAGCCGUUGAUGGAAGAGUACAGCAUUGCCACCCAGGUGUGGAAGCUCAGCUCCUGUGACAUGUGUGAACUUGCGCGAAACAGCGUGCUUAUGAGUGGCUUCUCCCACAAGGUGAAGAGCUACUGGCUGGGACCUAACUACUGGAAGGAGGGGCCUGAAGGCAAUGACAUCCGGCGCACCAAUGUGCCAGACAUCCGAGUGGCUUACCGUUUUGAGACCCUGUGCCAGGAGCUGACUCUCAUCACGCAGGCCGUGCAGACAGAGGAACUGGAGACUAUCCAGGAGGAAGACCUUCUGACCAUGAGCUCCAACCUGGGUGCUCGCUAAAGGACGCUGGUUUACAAUCUCCCACUCCGACCCUCUACAGCCUACCAAGAUGGGGCUGUCCCAGAGCAUGAAGGGACCCUGGCUACUUCCCUACCCCACAGAGCUUUUUAAUUUUCUGAUUGUGUCCCUCCAAGCGUAGUGCUACCGUCUGUAUCUCCUGGAAAGGGAUUUCUGUUUUGUUUGCACUUGGUAACCUGCUGGGGCAUGUUGGAUCGUGUCUAGAAUGUACCUUAAGAAGUGUGGGGGGAGGGCAGGGGAGAGCAUCCUGCAAAUUGGAUUGAUGCUGGGCUGUUGAUAAAUUCAGGCUGGCAGCGGAAACUGGAGAGCUAGAAAUCAGUGCAUAGCACAGGGCAAUUGAUCAACCUUUGGAGGCCCUGGCUGGUUGUGCGUAGGCAGAAUGAAGCACUAGAAUAUAGUCUGUGUACCCAGCACAGGAGGAAAGAUGUGGUGGUGCAGCCCAUGGGCAGGGCAUGUAUAAAGGAUUGAUUUGGUAUUCCCAGCUACCUCCAACUGGUUUCCAUGUUACGUUUUUUUCUUGGCUGUUGCUAGCUGUGACUUCCUUUUAAACUGAAACAGUCCUACCAGCAAUGCAGCAUGCCACUACAGUUGCAGAAGCCUGUGUAUUUUGGUAUUAAGUUUCCAGUUUGAAUCAUAGCUGAAAAACCGACCCUUUUGCCUUUCCUUGCAAAGCCUGAAUAUUUUUACACCAGUCUGUUCUUGGCUCUUGGAAAGUAUAAGCUCUAGCUCCUCUCUCUUAGGAAGCAGGUUUUUGUGUGUGGGAGUAGAUCUGCGAGGUGCAGAUAAGAGCUGGUGUGCCAGACACUGGCCCCUUUUUAACUUUUUGUGUCUCUUUUGUGGAUCUCUCUGUUUCUUUGCACAAUUAUGUUUCAGGAGAAGGGGUUACUUGUUGUUUUUAAAAUGUAACAAAGAGCAGCUUAUGAUGGUUUUGGCACUGUACAAAUAAGGCUGUUUUAAAGGGAAUAGUCUUAGAUCUGAGAAUCUUGCCCAGCAUGGGAAAUUAAGGGGAAACGUCCCUUGCCUUAUUCCUAGUGCCUGAGACGUGCACCCAUUUGGGAUGCUCCUAUCAGGUCCCCUUUUUGAAAGGUUGGUUGCUUCUCAGCUGUCUGGGGCUCAUAAUAAGGGAGGCUGUUUAGCUCCCAAUACACCAUAAGGAGGGGACAUCCGCAUGCUUGGAUGUACCAUAUGAAUUACGUCCUUCCUCCCUCUGAUGGGUUAGGAAGAAUCUCCUUCUGGGUCUUCCCUGCCUACUGUGUGCAUAGAUUUUCUUUCUCCAGGUGGCAAGAAGAAAAGCCAUAGAAUGCUUCAGUGUUCUUGUCAGCAGAGCUGCAGCUGUUCUGGGACCAGCACAAAACUUACUUGGGGUUGGGGACAGCGCUGAGGCAGGGAGGCAUCACAGAGCAACGUCUGCCUUCCUCUGAACACUGGCUCAGACUAGAAAUUCAUAAGAAAGCAGAGAAGAAUGGGGAACUAUGCCAUUCCCAGCUCUGUUUGAGUUCUGAAAAGUGAAUCAGAGAUCUCUGCAGAGCAGUCCCAUCCUGUGUGCCUCACUAGUGCACUGCUCUUGAUCCUUGUCAGAGGACAGCCCAGCGCAGUUAGGAUACUGGGUCUGUGACAAUUCCUUAGCAGCUUUUGUGUAGCCAAUCUUGUGAUGAUUUCCUCCUAUAGUAGGAGACAAGUUUCCGACAGUAUUUUCUCCUGUCAGGCUCCUAGAUGAGUUCUGUGUGCUCCCAACAAGCCCUCAUCAGUGAUAGCUGAAACAAAAUGCAGCUUCUCACUACUACCAGUCUUUUCUGGAAUAUAACCAAAAGAAAUAUGAUGCAUUGGAAGGAGGCUGUUGAAGGUUGCAUAGGCUACAGCAGUAGAUGAAGAAGAAUUCUGGGGCGGGGGUCAGGAAUACUCAUAGUGUCCUAACUCUAGGCUGUUCCAGGUGAUAGUCUGAGGGUCCAUGUUAUAGACAGUGCCUUGCCUAGUGUAGUGCAUGGUUUGUGCCAAGAUUGGGUAGGUCUUCCUGGUGAAUCUCUCUCUGAAGCAGGUGCCUACUGUAUUUGGAAUCGCUGCGUGUAUGAGAGACAGUGUGCACUAUUACUGCAGGGCUGCUUGUUUCUUUGUAUGUAGUUCCCCUGUGGCCUACAAAGAGAACCUUUUUCUCCCUGCAUCCAUGUUGUUGUUGGGCUUUGAAGAAUACCAAAAACAUCCGCAGUGGAGAUGUCUUGCCUUGAUUAUUAUCAGAACUGAUACCUUGUAGCUCAAAAUAAGAGUACGUUGACCCAAAGCAUGGAGUUCUGUGAGCAGAGCAUCAGUGUGGGGGCCAGGGAAUGGAAGGUCUGCGCAUAGGUGUGUGGGGGGUUGGUUCCCAUUCAUUUGUCCCUUGCCAUGACCUGUCUUGCUCCCAUAUUAGUUUUGUUUUGUUGUCAGUUGGAGAUGAGGCUUGUCUUCCCCUGGCAGUCAAGGCACCCUUCCUUCCUUCAGAUAUUUUUCUGUAGUUUGGAUGACCUCAAUGCUCGUCUGUGCUGAAAUGUGAUGUUAGAAAUUCUAUUGAACACAAGCAUGAUUAUUAAAGAUUAUUUAAGUAAA